CCGCAUAAGGCCCGCUGUGCCCGCGUUGGGGACCCGGCGCAAAGAGUGAAUUAAUAGAACGCGGUGAUACGUGUCCAUAUGUUUGGAAAUACAAUUUCUGAAAAAAUGUUGAGUGCGAUUGAAGAUUGUUUAAUAAUGUCGAUUGCGUGAAAUUGAUACCUUGCGCCUCCGUAAUCGGGCUCCUUUCUUCGACAUGCCUCGAUAUGCUAACCUCCAAAAUUGUCGACGAGAAGAGAAAAUAUCUUUACCACGUUAAAAUAUGUUUGAUUGAGAGGCAGGAGAGACACUUGGGCCGGCGAACAGGUUGUCGUGAUUUAACGGCGAGUCACCUGCGAGGGUUGUCCACCCGCGACUUCCCUCUAUGACGGUUAAAUGUUUACACGCUGCUCACGGCCCUAGCUGAAAAUCGACGUGCACGAAGAUGGGGGAGGUGAACGUGUCCUUUCAGAUCGACACCGACAACCGCGAGAAUUUCUCGUCCGUCAUCGCGUUCCACACCUUCAAAAAGCAGAGGGACGUCUUUUACGAUAUACUACGAAUUUGGGAGGAGAACCACUUGGUCCCGGGAUGGGUGUUCCAGAUCGCGCUGGGUGGCAAGAUAAGGAACAUGUUGACGCUGCACAAUGACUGCACCAAUUACUAUCACAUCGCUAAAUUGUUCAAGUCGCAGUUGCUGAUAUCGUGCAUACAGAACGGACGCCAAGACGACGUGGUGGACGACGAGAGCCUGAACUUCCUCAAGGCUUUGAAGCAUGUCAAUCCUGAAAAACUGACGCAGCUCAGCAAGAGAUUUGUGACACCCUUGCCGUCGCAGAGCCAGAGCGUCGGCCCUUCGUUUCCUGGCAUGCAGGAGUUUUUCAAAGACUUUAUAUUGCACGCGUUUAAUCCGAUGUUUUAUACGCAUUUGGAGAACUAUUUUGUACAUGAGAUUAUGGAGCUGAACGACACCCAGUUUGCCAGUAGCGAGAUAGAAGACUCUGAGACGAUGGUUGACGAUCAAACGCAGCGGAAUUUUAUCACUUGUUUGGCCAGCUUGAGACUUCUUGCAAAAGUAUUGGGACUCUUGGUGUCCUUGCCGUACAGAUCUGAAUCUAAUACUACUAAGGAGAUUAUAAUGACACAAGUGGAGAUAAGAAGCAAAGUGUUGCCAUCGCUGAACUUACAAGCGUGUCUGCAGAACGCCGUGGUAGAGAGCAAACUGUCGCUGACGAUACCCUGGGUAGUAAAAUAUCUAGCCAUGAUGGACGUCGCGUCGCUGCGGCUGCCAUAUUACAAGCAGAUCCUAGAGCUAUUGUAUUACAUUUAUCACGCUGUCAAUCAGACCGAUCUUUCCGCCCCCGAUUGCCUUAUUUCUCAACAGUCGGCUGUGCUGCUCAAGUCCAGCCUGUGCUGGCUGUUCGAGCUACCAAACUUUCCCAAAGAUUUCUACAUCGCCUGGCAAAAGACUUGCAAGAUCAAGGAACUGAAGGGUCUCAAGAGCCUCAAAUACAUGGACAAAUCCUCCGAGAAGAGGAGGAACUCGCAUUCCGCCGACUGUGCGAUUCCCGUCAAGAGCAGCCUCGACAAAUUGGAUAUAAUUACCGAUCGCACGAUGCGUAUGUGCUGCCCGCGAACGGAAUGGAGCCUUUCUGUGGUUCACGGAAACGGGACGAGUUUGAAUAUUAAUUCCAACAAACAUAUUACACCCGUUACUAGCCAAUUACGUAAAUUAGGAGGCACCACUCGCGCGAAACACUUGGAGCUGCAACUCGAAGAAGCCUUUUUCCACGGUCAACCGGCUUCUACUCGAAAGAUUGUCGAUUUCGUUUCCGAGAGAGUCGCGUCAACCUGCGUGAAACAUAUAUGCAACACGCUAUUGACUUCGUCGCGAGAGGCAAAUUUAAAUUCGUUUAGAAAGAUUUUGAAACACAAGAACGUCAAGAAGGACCCGGAUGAGCAGGGCGAACUGUCGAGGAAUUACUUCAACGAGGCCAAGGCUUUGCUCCUGAGCGAUAUAAAUACGUUGGCCAGCAACGCGUCAAGAGAAUUGAAGGAUCAGUGUGAGAAAACGAUCCCGGCGAUUUGCGAGGCGCGAGUCGCGGCGUCGAUGGAAUCCCUAUUGGCGGAGGACUCUCUAGCGCCAGUCAAGGAAAUGUGCAUCAAGAUCACGACUAGAAUGGCGAUGGAACGAAUAAAUCAGUGGAUUCAGUCGCACAUUGCCGGUGACUCCUUAUUCAUUAAGGACAUGGAACUUGAGAUUAACAGGUUCUUUCGGAACAACAGUCCCGUGCAUUCUAAGCAGGAAAAGCAUCACAAUACGGAUGCUCCGAGCCCUACUGCCAUGAUGGAGGAGCUUCGGGAAUUGAUAUGGCAUAUGUUAGAUAAAAAUGGCGCAGAUCUGACUGUAUCAUCUAUAUUAGAUAUUUUAAACAAACUGCAUCAAUCAUUCAAUCAAAGAAGUGAUUUAUUACCAGGUCCACAGAAAGUUUUGUACUUCCUCAGUUUGGACUUUGCACUGUUUUUAGUGGCGUACAGGACGGAUCUCUUUACGCGAGAAGUCCAGGACAAAUUAAUUAAGAUAUGGUCGUCGGACAACCUGAGAAAUGACGAGGACGAUUCUCCCAUGCAUAGAAUUUUAUGCUCCAGAAAUAUUAUGUUACUAAUACAACCGCAGAACGACGCAAUGUGGCCAAUUUUUGGUAAAUUUUUGAAGAAAUUGUUAGAAACAAAGAUACUGGACGGAGACAGUCUGAGCGACCAGUGCGUGGCUUUGUUUAGACAAGACUGGCCUGUGCCUUUGUUGAAACUUUUAUCCAAGUGCCUGUCCGAGGCCAUUGAGGGCUACAAAGCCAAUGACGAAGCGACAGAGAAAGUCAAGUAUCUCCUUGGCUGGAUAGCAGAAACAUAUCACGAGAUUGAAUUUUGCGACGACGGCGAUUUAUAGACUGACGCGUAAUAGGUAAUUAACAAUACUGCGAUAAUUAGAAAGUAUGACCUUGUUGACAUAAAUUUCUGUAAAUAUAAUUACCUCUUGUGCAUAUAUAUGUAUAUAUAUAUGUAUAUUGUAUAUUACAAUGCAAAGCAUUCUUGUUUUGUACCUGUACGCGUAUAAUUCACCUCGUGUAUGUAUGUUACGAGGUACGAAUAGUUUACGAGUAGGACACUAAAUUUUAACUUUUUGUAUACGAUGAUUAAAUACAUGACGAUUAUUUUAUAA